UAAAGUUAAAAUUCCAAACAUGGUUGCCUAAACCUCCAUCUACCAUUCCACCACACUGUCUCUUCUCACUUUCUCUCUCCUCUUUUUCAUCUUCCAAAUUUGUCACUGUGAUUUCAAUUUCUGCUACUUCAAGCUCAAUAAUGGCGGAAAAUGAGGUGAGUAAGGAACAACAAGCCCAACCCGACGAACUUUCCGAUGCUCUUGACGAUCUCUUUAAUGGUGUUUCUACCAUGAUCAAAUCCGAGCUUCAGGGAUCAAACAACCUACUUGAACUUUUGGAGAAGAUGAAUCUUAAAGUUGCGGAAGAGUAUAACAAUUAUGGUGAUGUUGCUUCUGGCUUGAGGGUGUUUGUGGAACAAUUAAAGCACAAGGGUGGUAAUUUUGAGGGGUACAUUCAGCAGAUCGAUGCUAUAGAUCAACAAGUGACAGAAUUUGAAGCUGUAAUUUCAAUGCUUGACAAAUAUGUCUCUAUGUUGGAAAAGAAAGUGCAAUCUGCGUAUCAGGUUCCACCAUCGUAGUUAUCAGGUUCCACUUCCAAUAUCGUAGUUACCGGGUUCCACUUCCACCAUCGUAUUUACCAGGUUUCACCAUCGUAGUUAUGGAGUAUAUCGGUAUUUGUCAACAACCAUUUGCUGACUUGUGUAAAAAAAAAAAAAAAAAUUGAGUAUUCAAACUCUUUGCUUAUUUGUUUAGUAGUUUUCAUUUUUAAUUCUAGUAUAAAUGUGAAAUUAUAGAAGCAUUUGUUUUGUGUGAGAUAA